AGGCAUUUCCCGGGCUGACCAUUCCUGGUGCUUUGUCUGUUCGUCUCGACAGGGUUUCUUAGCGUCCCAUGCUUUACCCGAGCAACGCGGAAUACGAAAUACGGUAAAGGGUGGUGUGCUGAGCCAACUUCAAGCCCCCAGGCCACGUCUGACAGGCCAAUUGAGCCCAAUCGCGUGCUCACCCGACCGCACCCGGCAGCCUCAGCCUGCCCAUGUUGAACAAUUUCACAGCUUGCGUGGCUAGAUAUAGUCGAUCGUCACCCUAUGGAGGCCAGUAUCGUCUUGGUCGACUGGCCACGAAGCUGGACCGGGCUCUGGGGGAUAUAAAAUAGAAACCCGCUCCCCUUUCGAGGAAUGCAGCAUCAUUCCAGCACAAUCCAGCAUUACACAGUUCCUGCAGAAUUUCCACUUAACCAUACACUACACUCCUCUUACAACCACAAACACAUAAAAACCAUGCCCUCCCCCACGGCCCUCAAGACCAACAAGAAGAACCAGCAGCCGGGCGAGCAGGCCGACGUGCCGCCACAGCUGCAAGACCUCCACUGCUUCACCGAGACCAACGGCGUCAUAACGACCACCAUGUUCGACGUGCCCGGCUACCGCGUCGUGCGGGUGCUGGGCGCCGUCUACGGGCUCACGGUGCGGUCGCGCAACUGGGCCGCGGGCCUGGGCAUGGCGGUCAAGAGCAUCGUGGGCGGCGAGCUCAAGUGGUUCACCAACCUGCUCUACUCGUCCCGCAACGACGCCAUCUCGCGCGUCGUCGCCGAGUGCCAGAGCCGCGGCGGCAACGCCGUCAUCGCCCUCCGCUUCGACGCCGGCGAGCUCGGCGGCUUCUCCCAGGUCUGCGCCUACGGCACCGCCGCCGUCAUCGAGAGGGUCGACGCCGACGCGCCCGACUGCCCGCAGCUGGUGGUCAGGACAGACGACUGAGCGGAGACUAGGGGGUGAUUUGUGGGGGAAAGAUGUUUGGUGGUUUUGCAGCGCGCGCUCUAUGCUAAUACAUAUUACCUAAAUCUCCAACCUCAUCUCUCCAUUGUGCCACGGCUUGCCGAAUGAAUCAUCCUCAAUACCACGGAGCUCCCUGAAAGAAGCUGGCCUUAUCGACAGGACUAUUUUCCGCCUCUCU